AUGGCCAUCGACCCCAAAAGUGUGGAAUCAGACAGGGUUGUGAUACUCGACUACGGUUCCCAGUAUACCCAUCUCAUCACUCGCCGUAUCCGAUUUCUCGAUGUUUUCUCCCUUUGCCUUUCCGGAACCAGCUCUCUCAAGACCAUUGCUGACUACAAGCCUCGAGUCGUCAUCCUAUCCGGCGGUCCUCAUUCCGUACACACUCCUGGCUCCCCGAGCUUCCCUGACGGCUUCAUUGAAUGGGCCGAGUCCAAUGGCGUGUUCGUGCUCGGAAUCUGCUAUGGUCUCCAGUUAAUAUUUCAAAAACUGGGUGGGAUAGUCAGGGUUGGGGAGAAACAAGAGUAUGGGAGGAUGGAAAUUGAGGUGACCAAGGCUUCGGGGCUUUCCUGUAGAACGAAGAAAGAGCUAUUUCAGGUGAUCAAGAAGAGGGUGUGGCAUAAAGUGAAAGGGUGA